UUGGAAGUAUUGCAUAAUUACCUCCUUUAGAUAUAAAAUGUGUUUUCUUAUUAUUGCCUUCUAUUACCUCGGGAAAUCAGCAAUGGAUGUGAAGACUUGUUUUAUUCUGAGCUCAUUAUUGGCCUCUAUAAUUUGCGAUGUUCAACGAGUACCAAUUCCUAAAAGUCUGAGGCGAUGUUUACGAACAAGUGAUCAAAGCUUUCCUAUGACGGACGAGCAAAUUAGCACAUCUUGCUUGCUACAAUUUCUGUGGUCGAAUAGACAACUAUGUGACAAGGUGUCAAAACAAACAUUUGAUUGGCUUUCGUCACUUGUUGAAAAAUCACAACAGCGACCAAGCUCUACACCAUUACAUGCAAGUGGUAAUUCCAUGACAAGAUCUGAACCACAGACGACAUUUAUGUCACAUCCUCCCGCUAUACAACCACAAUCGUCAGCGACCACCUCUCAAAAACAAUUGUCAACAACAACGUCACAAGCACAAACGACAGGGUCGCAAUUAAGACAGCGCAAAGAGUAUAGAAUGCUAACUGACCAAGAAAGAGAUGAUUAUCAUAAGGCUAUAAACGACUUAAAAAAAGAUACUAGUGUACGGCCAAAUAAGUAUGAUGCUCUUGCUGAAUAUCACCAAAAUACAGGACGGACUGCUCAUGGUGGAGUAGCUUUUGUUGGUUGGCAUCGAUAUUACCUAGUUAUGUACGAACUUGCAUUGCAAGAAAAGAACCCAAAUGUCAUGCUUCCGUACUGGGAUUCCACCUUAGAUAGUGCAAUGGAAAAUCCGGCUGAUACUGUUAUUUUUACCGAAAAGUUUAUUGGAAAAGCACAUGAAACUGUAUCAGUGCCUUUCGGAGGAUGGAUAAGAAAAAUUAAUAGAUCAGUCAAAAAUGGUAAAUCGUCGUUGCUUAUUACAAAAAGUAUUUUGAUAUCGCUUUUAAGUGACAAUAUUAGCUACACAAAUUUCUUGACCCGUUUAGAAGAUAUCCAUAAGGGUGUUCAUGGGUGGGUUGGUGGCGAUAUGAACAACUUAGACCUUGCUCCUUUUGAUCCUAUUUUCUACAUGCAUCAUGCUUUUAUUGAUUGCAUAUGGGAGCUUUAUAGAGAUCGUGAGAAACAAAAAGGCAAAAAUCCGGAAAUCUACCCAGACGAUGUUUUGCACACGCUGGAUCAUCAAUCCUCUAGCUUAAUGGCAAAUCUGCCACCUUUCAAUAAUGUUAAUCUUACAAAUGCUGAUGGAUAUAAAGAUUUCUGGACCGAGACUUAUUAUACUUGUGCACCUCAACCAUCGUGUAGCUUUCAGGCACCAAAGUGUGGGUCCAAGUGGCUUAAAUGUGAUAUAUUUAGGGAAAGGUGUGUUUCUGAAGGAUCAGAGGCCGCCUUACCCAGCUUUACUCCUGAAGAUGUUUUUGAAGUGCACAAUAGACGAAGUCCAACAUCGAGAAGAAAACCUCUUCCGCCAAGGAGUUUUACAUCUGGUUUUCCGUCAAGCUCUAGAGGUCAACCAGGAUUUCCAGGUUUGAGGAGUUUUGCACCUGGUUUUCCGUCAAGCUCUAGAGGUCAACCAGUUUCUGCAGGUUUGUCUGGUAGAAAAAUAACAGCUGAGGAAUUUUUCUCUGCACUUAAAACAUUGAAGAAGCAGCCUAUCACUAUUGCAAAUACGCCACGUAUUAGAUUCAGACCGGGGACACCUGGAAAUCAGAGACGUCAAGGCCAACAUGGGUUCAAGGGUAGGCCUGGGCUGAAAGGAACACGCCAUGUCGUGACAGGGGGAAGGUCUGGUUCUCCUUCAAACAUCAAUACGCAACGUCUUCCUCAAAUAAUGCCUUCUAUUGACGAAUUGAAAAUACCAAGAUUUCAAAAAGCAUGUGGUGGAAAUCCAGUUCAGAAUUCUUUUAGGUUAGAUUGUAAAGUAGGAAAACAAUUAUGGGUAUUUGUUCCAGUCAAAGUUGUCAAUUUACGACAUGGUGAUAUAAUUUAUGCGUCGUAUCCAGUUGACUUGGAAGGACGUAAAUUGAAUAAUACUGAUGUGUUUUCUGAUGGACAACCAUUAGAGUUUACUUCUAAUUUGCAAGCCAAUGCACGUUCGAAACGUAAAUCAUGCAGUUACGAUAAAUCUGGUUUGUUCAAAGUUAGAGUUUCUUCAUAUGGAUUAAAUUACUAUGGCAUAUACGAAGACACAGUCUUUUUGGACAACAAACGCACAGUUUCAACGGAAAUUUCGUAUAUCGGUAUCAAAAAUCCGGAACAAAAGGCGACGAGAAUUUUUAUCACUGCGGUUGAUGAAUGUGGAAUUGCUUGCCAACCAAUGAUUUUGAUCCCGGGUCGUCAAAAGCGCCGUUUCUUUCGAUACAGGAAUACUCAAGGAGCUAUUAGAAUAACAGCAAACGGACCAAGAUAUUACAGUAAUACGUAUCGAGGUGCUGAGUCCUUGGUUUGGAGAACAGCCAAAUUUUCUGUUCCUCAACAAGAUGAAAACCAGAUUCCGAUUGUUUUUGUUUGUGAUUAUAGAAAUAAAAAUCCAUGGUCUUGA